UCCAAGCCUGCAUGGAAGGUGUGCUUUCUUCCCCUCUCCCUUUCUCUCUCUUUAGAACACUCAACAUUAUAUUACUGAAAACUCAGCAGAUUCUCUACCACAGAGGGCUUUGGCAACGAAACCAAGUCACUGAGAGGAAAGCACCAGAUGCCAGUCUGCAAGUUCUACUAACUAGUAUUACCAGAGACACUCAUUUCCUUCCGAGUCAACAGAAUAACCAGGACCAUGGAGGUGCCUGGUGCCAACGCCACCUCCGCCAACACCACCUCCAUUCCUGGGACGAGCACCCUGUGCAGCAGAGACUACAAGAUCACCCAGGUUCUCUUCCCAUUGCUCUACACUGUCCUGUUUUUUGCUGGGCUCAUCACGAACAGCUUGGCGAUGAGGAUUUUCUUUCAGAUCCGCAGUAAAUCCAACUUCAUCAUUUUUCUUAAGAACACGGUCAUCUCUGAUCUUCUUAUGAUCCUAACUUUUCCAUUCAAAAUUCUCAGUGAUGCCAAACUGGGAGCCGGGCACCUGAGAACCCUGGUGUGCCAAGUCACUUCAGUCACGUUUUACUUCACAAUGUACAUCAGUAUCUCGUUCCUCGGAUUGAUAACCAUUGACCGCUACCUGAAGACCACCAGGCCAUUUAAAACUUCCAGCCCCAGCAAUCUCUUGGGUGCGAAGAUUCUUUCUGUUGCCAUCUGGGCCUUCAUGUUCCUGCUGUCACUACCUAACAUGAUUCUCACCAACAGGAGGCCAAAAGAUAAGGACAUAACAAAAUGUUCUUUCUUGAAGUCGGAGUUUGGUCUGGUCUGGCACGAGAUAGUCAAUUACAUCUGCCAAGUCAUUUUCUGGAUUAAUUUUUUAAUUGUUAUUGUUUGUUACAGCCUCAUUACAAAAGAGCUCUAUAGGUCCUAUGUCAGAACGAGGGGUUCAGCCAAAGCUCCCAAGAAAAGGGUGAACAUCAAGGUUUUCAUCAUCAUUGCUGUGUUCUUCAUUUGCUUCGUUCCCUUCCACUUUGCACGGAUUCCCUACACCCUGAGCCAGACACGGGCCGUCUUUGACUGCAGUGCUGAGAAAACUCUGUUCUACGUGAAGGAGAGCACCCUGUGGCUGACGUCCUUGAACGCCUGCCUUGAUCCAUUCAUCUAUUUCUUUCUUUGCAAGUCUUUCAGAAAUUCCUUGAUGAGCAUGCUAAGGUGCUCAAAUUCUACAUCAACAUCCGGGGCAAAUAAGAAAAAAGGACAGGAAGGUGGGGACCCAAGCGAGGAGACCCCAAUGUAGAAUGUUACGGGGGGGGGGGUUGCUUCAGUCUUUAGUGUCCAGACUCCUCCAAGGAAAUCACCACACAAAUAUAUUAACAGUCUCUAAAAAGAAGCCAAGUUAUGACUCUUUAAAUAAGCAAUAAAUUAAGGAAAUAAUUUUUAUCUAUUUUUGAUAUAUAUAUAUAUAUAUACAUAUAUAUAUAUACUAGAUAGAUAGAUAAAAUCCUCACCUGCAUGUGUAUAGUAAAAUAAACCAUAUCCCAUUGCUAUACUGAAGGCAAAACCACAAAAAAAAAAAAAAAUUAAUGAUUUACCUGGUUUCUACAAAAUUAGCAACAUGAAACAUAAUAUCCACUGUCAUUUUAAAAUACAUUACCAACCGCAAUAUUAUUUCUGUAAUAAAUGAGAAACUAUGUUUGAUCUGAUACAUCAAGCACAGCAAUUACCAACUUCCCAUUCAUAACAAGGACAAGGACAAAACCAGAGACUUAGUCAAAUGAAAUCAUUGGAUAAGGCCUGAAUUAUUAUAAACUCACAUUCUGAUGGUAGAUGUUUAAAAGGUGUGUCUUACCAUGAAGAAUGGACAUAAUGAAUAAAAUCAUUAACUUAACGAGAGUAAACUUUCGUAACGUUCUAAUAUUUUUUUAAAAAAUGACUACUUCCUUAACACUAGAGAAAUCAUUUUACUAAGAGUCUUGAGUUUACUGGGUACAGUGCCAUUGUUGGUACUCAUCUACUAACUAGCUUUGGAAAUGCCUGCUGCUUGACUGAAAAGAACACUUCUUAGUAAGAAAACAUAAGUAACUAUAAUUACCAAAUCACGUAUCACGUCUACCAAUAAGAAAGUGAUUGAAUACUUGAGAUUACCUGUUCAUAAUCAUGUGUAUAAUAUUAAAAGGCAUUCAUUCU